AGUAGUAGAGAAGGGACAAGAACCCGGUUGAGCGAUGAAGGUAUGCGACUUUCAGUGGCACUGAGUGGAAAUUAAGGAAACCCGCUGGCAGUUUUAGGAUGAACACCAAUCUGAAGCACUGGAAGGAGGCGGCCACUCUUAUUUUAGCCGCGGGCCACAGGCUCGGCGCGGACGGUUUAUCGUCAAGGACACGGCUGACAGAAGCUGCUGCUGCCCCGGGUUCACCGCUGGGCAGCAGCUGUGGACGAUCACACCUGCCACCGAAGUCCAGCUUUGAUUACGACGUUUUAUUGCUGAAACGAAGCAGUAAAAGCGGGUUCAUGCCCAAUGCUUAUGUGUUCCCCGGCGGCAUGGUGGACUCCUCGGACUUUUCGAGCGAAUGGCUGGACAUUUUCAAAGCUUUCAGCAGUUCUCCCACUUUUGGUUUAAGAAGCGUCAAACAGCCUGCGGAGACCAGACCUCCGAUAUUCGCCACAGACCGAGUGAAGCUGGGCUCUCCUAUCCCGGGGGAGGUCGCCUUCCGGAUCUGCGCAUUGAGGGAGACGUUCGAGGAGUCCGGCGUGCUCCUGGUGGUGUCUAAAGCGGAGGAGAGGAGUUUGUUAAAAAGCACCGAGGACAGGCGUGCUGCUGAUCAAGUGCCUAGCAAAGUAAACGAGCUGUGCAGCAGUGAGCUCACCAAAUGGAGGACUCUGGUAAACCAGAACCCGUCCAACUUCAUCAGGAUGUGCAGGCAGCUGGAGGUGUUGCCAAACAUCUGGGCUCUGCAUGAGUGGGGCAACUGGCUGACUCCCGCAGGCCGACGCGGUGCGGCGAGGUUUGACACAGCUUUCUUCAUCUGCUGCCUGCAGGAGAUCCCAUACACGAUUCAGGAUGAGAGGGAAAUAGUGCGCUUUCAGUGGUCCACACCCUCAGAGGUCCUGCAGAGGUACCAGGCUAAGGAGUUUUGGAUCGCCCCUCCGCAGUUCUAUGAGCUCAGCCGCAUGUGCCGCUUCCCUUUGCUGAAUGACCUCCACAACUUCUCCUGCCAGCGUGCCAUAGAGGGCUGCGAGCAGUGGCUGCCCAUUGUCAUAAAAGAAGAAUGCACGUCACUGCUGCCAGGUGACAAACGUUACCUGUUGGACACUUCAGGACGGGCUGAGCAGGAUGCAAGCACAAACCCCCAGAAGGAUCCUCAGGAUUCUGGACUGCACCGCAUUUUGAUCUUCGAUCCGCACACUAUGAUUCUGCAGAUCAGCAUCACGCCGAAGUACAAUCAUCUGGUCCCCGUUGUCGGUCAAGUCCUCUCACAUGACUCAAACAGUCAGCUUUGACUUACCGUACCUCCUGUAGGAGCCCCACAACUCCUGUGCCAAUGAUGAUAGCAGAUAGGCCUUUUUCACAGCACACAUUUUGACUUGUCAUAGUGGGAAAAGCACAGAUGUUACUGAUAGCUUCACCUAUGACUCUGUUCUAUUCAUGUGAAGCGCCAGUCACACCACAAAGUCGCAUUGGCUCAUCCAGACCAGCAGCACCUCUAUUUUCUGGCAUUUUGUUUAAUAAAAUGUUUUUGAAGGGGGAGAAGUAAGCUUACAGCCACCGGCUCACCAGCUUGCUCACGGUCAUUUAGCAAAUGUGUUAGAUCAUUAGCUUAGCUUGGUCACUAACAGGACAGACAGCAUGAUUGUAUGACUUACUCUUGUCUCAUAACUGUCUGCCAACCAUGGUUAUUAUGUUGGGACAGUUUCUACUCCAACAGGGGAAGCUGCAUGAAAGUAAAUGGUGCAACACAGCUAAUAAGCUACAAUAACAUCCUCCAUUUUUGACCUUCUGGCUUUCUGUCCCCUCAAAGGUCAGCACUGUCAAGUCAUCUUGAUACUGGUCAAUGGAGCAAAAAAGUCAAAGUUGAAAUCCACGCGGGCCAUUGGUGUGGAUUCAUCCUGGUGUGUCCAGGCCGUAACAGUGUGACACCAAGCCAGCAGUGGUCAAUGAGCCAACGAUACCAGGACCCUGAAACUGAUUUCACUAAAUGGAAUUUGGCCAUCAUUCAUUUUUGUAUUUAUCUUUGUUUUUCCUACUAUGACAUAUCAAAAUGUCUUCAGUAGAAAAGGCUUAUUGUGUCCUUGCCCAUGAUGAGCCUAGAUUUGUUUCCUUUGGGGUCUUAACAUGACUAUUAAUGACUGUCAAGGUUUGGAUGUUGUUUUUUGUUUUUUUCUGUCGCAGUCAUUGCCAUCAGAUAUGGAGGGACAGAUCUGUCCCUCCACCAGCUUCCUCAUUUCUUUAUUUGGAACAAAUGUGUAAUUAUCAAAUAUAAAGUGAUUGCUAAUGUCCUUAUUGAACACACUUGAAGUGGUUCGGGGAUGAGCUCGUCUCUUAGAGGUCCCUAGUUUGCUCCACACUGUAAAGAAAGUCAUUAAAUAACCUUUUUAUUUUGACCAAAUUUACCUUGUAACCAUGGUAACAGGCUGACUACCAAACAUGUAAAGGGAUUUAGAGUCAGCACCCGCAGCUGUGUGGUGUGUGUGUGUGUCUCAGAGAUGAUGGUCCCUCUCAGUAGGAGUGCAUAUGUCAGUGGUGGAGGCGCUGCAGGGCCUAUUCAGCUUUGGGUGUCUUCCCUGCUCACAGCAGUGUCCCUCAUGGCAAACUGACAACUCCUAGAUAAUCUCUGUCAGAUGAUUCGUACCCUGUGUCUGACAUUUAUGAAUUUAUUAAUUAUUAAGCUCAUCCAUUUAUCCGUUAUUAAUUUCCUCUUUUGACUGAUGCAGUCUCAAACGGCUUUGCUGAUUUGUGCUUUUGAUCAUUGGUGAGCACACAGUGAAAAUAUGCAGAAUGUGUCAAAUGGGUGCCUGACAAAUGAUCACAUCUGCUAUCACAAUACAUGCUCUGAAAAGGUAAAUCCUCUAAAGGAACAAACAAGCUACAUCAUCCCUGAUUCCAAAAACAUUUGGGACACUGUGUAAAGCAUGAAUAAAACAUAAAAAUGUCUUUUUUUGACAUCUACUUUGUUGAAAACAGUGCAAAGACACUAUAUUUGAUGUUUUUCC